UUUCAUUUCAAUUGUAAAAACUCAACUCAACAUGGCUACGGAAUUGGGCUCCCAGAGUGGAAUUCUCAUACGGAUAAUGAGUGUGGAGGACUACAAACAGGUUAAAAUCUUCAUGGGAGGAAAUUUCUACAACGGAGAACCACUUUGCGCCUCUUCGGGAGAAGAUGUUCAGAAGUGCCAUGAGAAGGAGAACGAUGAAUAUCACAUCUCUAUGAUAGAGCAGGGCACAUGUUUAUUGGCGGUCGAUGAGAACAAUGGCGGACGCAUUGUAGGACUAGUCCUAGCCGGUUGUCAAGUGCCUAGUGACCUGGAGAAACAUCGAAAGGAGGCAGAUGAAAUGGAACAAAACACCUGGGGACGUAUUGCUGUAUUCCUGUCUGAGAUUGAAAGGAAAGUGAAUAUAUUUGAGCGUUAUGGAGUCUCGAAGCUCUUAUACUCGCACAUUACUAAUGUGGAUGCUUCCAUGCGAGGCAAGGGCCUAGGUGCACGCCUCGCUGCCGCUCUAAUGGAGGUCGGAAGAUCGAAGGGCUUCCCCAUGAUGGUUGCCUAUUGCUCCAGCUUUUAUUCGGCGCGCCAAAAGCAAGCGCUGGGCAUGGAGUGUAUCUAUGAGCACGCCUAUGCGGAUUACAAGGAUGCCAAUGGUCAAGUGGUGUUCAAGCCAGCAGCUCCCCAUACACAUCUUCGCUUAAUGGUUAUCAAAUUGUAGACAUUAACUGCAGACUAGUUGUAUGAAUCGUUAAUCUUAAAUUUUAUUACAUUUUUAUUUUAUCAUUUUGUAUAGCAUUGCACAUUAAUAAAUAUGUAUUUACUUAUCUCAGCCUCAAGAUACCCUGUAAUGUUUUCGCUAAAAUGGAAUUAAUGCUCUCUAGACAUCACAUAAUCUACGGCAAAUGCAGAUAAGGUAACAAUAAAGCAAUUGUAAUAAAAACUGA